AGUGAAACUUUCACGGGCUAGGAUUAUUUUCUUUUCUGAUUUUCCUCUCACUGAAAGAAAGCACCACCCCUCCUUCAACACCACCGACCACCAAACGGAAUUUCUUCGAGGACGGUUAAAGACAUUACUCCCACCUAUAAAGAGAAUCCCAAUCAUGGUACCUCCCCUUCUAUAUAUCGUGGCAACAACACACUAACAGGUAUUACCACUAGUCUGACGCAGGAGAAGAAGUCCCACCCGUCGAACCCGCCGACGAGAUCGAGGUCCCGGCCGACAGCGCCUCCAAGGGCCAGAUGUCCGUCGAGGAAGCACUCAAGGGGGUCCUCAAGCACGCACUCAUCCACGACGGCCUCGCCCGUGGCCUCCGCGAGGCGAGCAAGGCGCUGGAUUGUCGUCAAGCCCACAUGGCUGUGCUCAACGAGAACUGCGAGGAGGAGCCAUACAAGAAGCUCGUGGAGGCUUUGUGCUCCGAACACAAGAUCCCCUUGAUUAAAAUUGCCGAUGGGAAGAAGUUGGGGGAGUGGGCUGGGCUUUGUAAGUUUCUUCCCUCUGUCUUCUCUUCCUUCGCAAAUUGGAAGUGGGGAGGGGCUGGGCUAAUUGGUGCAGGCGUCUUGGAUCGUGAAGGAAAUGCCAGAAAGGUCGUCAACUGCUCUUGCGUUGUCGUCAGGGAUUGGGGUGAGGAGAGCCAGGAGAGAAACGUUCUCCUACAAUACUUCCAAACCCGCUAAUUUCCAUCUUUUUCUCUUGUUCUCUCUAUUCAAGUCUUUUUCCCUUUCUCCCUCAACCCAACAGGGCUGGCGGGGUAUAAACUUGUAUGGAGCAAAGAAAGCAAGCAUCGAACACAAAAUAAAAGUCUUCCCUGCAGACCGUCGGAUCAUCAGUCAAUUAAAGCGAAUCAAUCAC